CACAGGGCCAGAUUUCACGUCCGCCGACGUGGUUACGGCGUCACAUGAUCACAUCUGGCUCCUCCGGGCCCAGGCGCCAGUGACGCCGUGCCCGCCUCUAAAUAGCGCCUCUCUCCCGGGCUGCCGGCGGAACCGAGGCGGUCAGGCUCCCUCCUCCUUCCUCCUCCCUGCAAAUCCUGCAGGCACCACCGCUCGUUUUCCUGUCCGGGGGACAGGAGAGAAGGGGAGAGACCGAGAGAGGGUGAGGCGCGGCGUCCGCCCGAUCUGCUCCGCCCCCCGAAGCAGCCUGUCACGUCGUCCUCACUCUCAGCAACCAGCGAAAAUGGGUGCCGGAGGCAGGAUGACCGAGAAGGAGCGGGAGAAGCAUGAGCAGGAGCAGGUCGCCCGUGCUACCGGCGGUGGCGCGGCAGUGCAGCGGUCGCCGGUGGAGAAGCCGCCGUUCACGUUGGGGCAGAUCAAGAAGGCGAUCCCGCCGCACUGCUUCGAGCGCUCCGUGCUGAGGUCCUUCUCGUACGUGGCCCACGACCUGUCGCUCGCCGCGGCGCUCCUCUACCUCGCGGUGGCCGUGAUACCGGCGCUACCCUGCCCGCUCCGCUACGCGGCCUGGCCGCUGUACUGGGUGGCCCAGGGGUGCGUGUGCACGGGCGUGUGGGUGAUCGCGCACGAGUGCGGCCACCACGCCUUCUCCGACCACGCGCUCCUGGACGACGCCGUCGGCCUGGCGCUGCACUCGGCGCUGCUGGUGCCCUACUUCUCGUGGAAGUACAGCCACCGGCGCCACCACUCCAACACGGGGUCCCUGGAGCGCGACGAGGUGUUCGUGCCGAGGACCAAGGAGGCGCUGCCGUGGUACGCCCCGUACGUGCACGGCAGCCCCGCGGGCCGGCUGGCGCACGUCGCCGUGCAGCUCACCCUGGGCUGGCCGCUGUACCUGGCCACCAACGCGUCGGGGCGCCCGUACCCGCGCUUCGCCUGCCACUUCGACCCCUACGGCCCGAUCUACGGCGACCGGGAGCGCGCCCAGAUCUUCGUCUCGGACGCCGGCGUCGCGGCCGUGGCGUUCGGGCUGUACAAGCUGGCGGCGGCGUUCGGGCUCUGGUGGGUGGUGCGCGUGUACGCCGUGCCGCUGCUGAUCGUCAACGCGUGGCUGGUGCUCAUCACGUACCUGCAGCACACCCACCCGGCGCUGCCCCACUACGACUCGGGCGAGUGGGACUGGCUGCGCGGCGCGCUCGCCACCGUCGACCGAGACUACGGCGUCCUCAACCGCGUGUUCCACCACAUCACGGACACGCACGUCGCGCACCACCUCUUCUCCACCAUGCCGCACUACCACGCCGUGGAGGCCACCAGGGCGAUCAGGCCCGUCCUCGGCGAGUACUACCAGUUCGACCCGACCCCUGUCGCCAAGGCCACCUGGCGCGAGGCCAGGGAGUGCAUCUACGUCGAGCCUGAGAACCGCAACCGCAAGGGCGUCUUCUGGUACAACAGCAAGUUCUAGCCGCCGCUUGCUUUUUCCCUAGGAAUGGGAGGAGAAAUCAGGAUGAGAAGAUGGUAAUGUCUGCAUCUACCUGUCUAAUGGUUAGUCACCAGUCUUUAGACAGGAAGAGAGCAUUUGGGCUUCAGAAAAGGAGGCUUACUGCACUACUGCAGUGCCAUCGCUAGAUUUAAGGCAAAUUCAGUGUGUCUGUGCCCAUGGCUGUGAGCUUUGGGUACUCUCAAGUAGUCAAGUUCUCUUGUUUUUGUUUUUAGUCGUCGCUGUUGUAGGCUUGCCGGCGGCGGUCGUUGCGUGGCCGCGCCUUGUCGUGUGCGUCUUGCCAUCUCUUCGUGCUCCCUUCGUGUUGUUGUAAAACACUAGUCUGGUGUCUUUGGCGGAAUAACAGAUCGUCGAACGACAACGUUUUCGUGC